AUGGCUGUUAAUUUAGUGGCAGUUGUGAUCCUUUCUCAGGGAAAGUGUGGUCUCUCGAAGUGUACGUCUCAUUACCUGGUAGCCAUGGCAUUGGCAGAUCUACUGUUCAUUAUCAUUGAGGUCAUUCUGUGGCGGAUCAGUUACUAUUAUUUUCCAGGAUCAUUUUUGGAUAUUACUCCAGUAUGCAGUAUUAUUAAUGUUCUCAGUCGGGUCGCCACAGACUAUUCUGUAUGGUUCACUGUCAUUUUUUCCUUUGAUAGAUUUGUGGUCAUUUGCUGCCAGAAAUUGAAAACAAAAUUUUGCACAGAGCAUAGUGCCGUGGCAGUUCUAAUAACAGCCAGUAUUCUGUUCUGUUUAAAGAAUGUUCCGAAUUACUUCACACUUGAACCUAGAUUGGUCAUUGAACAUGUACCCUGGUUCUGUGAUGUAAAACCAGACUAUUUUAUUCAGCCUGGAUGGGUGGCAUUUGACUGGUUUGAUACAGUCUUAACUCCAUUGCUUCCAUUUGUUUUAAUUCUGUUGCUCAAUGCACUUACAGUUAGACACAUUUUAGUGGCCAGUCGAGUCCGAAAGGGAUUGAUGGGUCAGAGCAAGAGAAUGAGUCACAGUGACCCAGAGAUGGAGAGCAGGAGGAAGUCAAUGAUUUUACUCUUCACAAUAUCUGGCAGUUUCAUUCUUCUGUGGUUGACUUAUGUUGUCGAAUUUUUAUAUUAUAAUAUUAUGGGAAAAGAUCCCAAAGAUUACACAGAUUCAGAAAAUAUUUUUGAAAAUGUUGGUGAUAUGCUUCAGGUUUUGAGCUGCUGCACAAACACGUUUAUUUAUGGGGCGACACAGUCUAAGUUUAGAGAACAGUUAAGAAUGGUGGUGAAAGUUCCAAUUACAUUAAUCAAUCAACUGAUUCAUAAACAAAACUGA